UGCUCGCUUCACGAGGGCGGACGCGUUACGGUUAGUUGCACUUUGAUGUGGCCCGUUCUACGUCGCGUGACAUAACGUAACGGAAUAACAAACAAAAAUGUAACAAAAGCUCUGUUCAAUUGAAUGCGGCGCGUGCGAUGAAAGAAGUGUGAGGAGAACAACCUCCUCAGCGACCAGAUGAGCAUUUCCAGUGUGACAGGUGUCGAGUUACAGCCUCGAAAAUUGCUCCCCACGGCAGCCCCGCGCGCGCGUACAUCGCCUACCACAAGCUGGGCGCGGACGGAAUGGAGACUCAGACCGCCACGCCGCACGACUGUGACUGCAGCGUGCACCCGUCCGUGUUCUAUCUACUGGCCACUCUGCUGCUCACCAGCUGUUCGACAGCGAUGCUGUGCGCUGCCAUCAUGACAGACCACUGGGAGCAGGUGGGGUGGGAGCGGGCCGCGCUGGCCGCCCUCGCCAACGCCUCCAAUACGGCGCUCCAGUGGCUGCUGGACGACAAGGUCGUUAAGAUUGAGGAGACUGGCAACAGAAAAGGCGUCGGAGGGACAUUUUUAGUACCUAUGAACGGAGGAAUUUGGACCAUGUGCGUGUCCCUAGAAGAGGAGGAGGUAACAAUGCUGUCCAGAGUUGGGUUUCCCAAACAACCUUUAUGCACAAAUUAUUUAGCUAAUAGUGAUGAAGAUGAACCAAGAGCGGAUUGGCAACAUCGCAUGCAAAAUCUGUCCAUAUCUUGCGCGCUGGUAUGCUUGAUAGUUCUUGGCAGCGCGGCGCUGGUGGGUGCCUUCGGUAUUUGCAAGCACCAGAUCAGUGCUGUUCUCAUUACCGGGGUUAUGUAUUUAUUAGCAGGUCUGUUCGCGAUGUUCACACUGAUGAUAAUCCACUUCAAGCGGAUCCAGCGGGUGUCGACCAGGGGCACUCACAGUGACGACACCAGCGACGGCGUGGUCGGACCCCAGAUACCCGCGUUACCUCUACUGACAGCUAGAGAGUUCUCCACCUCCUGGUCUCUGGAGCUGGGCUGGGGAGGAGUAGCUUUGGCCACAACCACGUCGUUACUUUGGAUAUUACUAUCGAAAAUCAUGAGAUAUAAUCCUAUUUCAACAAUGCUGCUGUAAUGCUUGAACUAUUGGUGUGAGACUUGUUUAUAUUUUGCUCCCAAAUACCAUUACCUUUACCGCUUAGUGUCUGGAGAUGGGAUGGGAGGAGUAGCUUUAGCCACCACCAUGUCACGUUACUCUUAAUUGUCCUUUCAAAAACAUGAUAUAAAACUCUAUAUCCACGAUGCUGUAAUGCUUAAGUUGUGUCUAUAUUUUGACUCCAAACGUCCAUGUUACUUUUACUCACCGCCAGGGACUUCUCAGCCUGAGAAAAGGAAAGCUCUGGAACUGGGAUGGGACUUGAGUAGUAGAAGCUUUAGUCUCUAUUACGUCGUUACUUUAGGUACUACUCUUGAAAAUCAUGAGAUAUAAUCCUAUAUCAACAAUGCUGCUGUAAUGCUUGAACUAUGGGUGUGAGACUUGUUUUUAUUUUGCUCCCUAACGUCCGCGUUACAGUUACUCACCGCUAGGGAAUUCACUCCACCGCCUUAUCUGGAGCUGGGAUGGGGAGGAGUCGCUUUCGCAACUACAACGUCGAUUCUUUGGAUCCUUUUAUCGAAAUCAUGAUAUACAACCCCAUAUCCAUACUGCUACAUAAGCCAUGCCAUGUGUCUUUUGACCUCAAACGCCCGCGUGUCAUUUACUCACCGCCAGGGAAUUUUCCACCUCCUGGUCUCUGAAGCUGUGAUGGGAAUGAUAAGCUUUGGCCACACCACAUCCAUACUUUGGAUUCUCCUUUUGAAAAUCAUGAAAUGUCCACAAUGCUGCUGUAAUGCUUGAGCUGUUAGUGUGAGAUCUGUCUGUCUUUUUGAGCUUUUAUACUUGUUGAGAGAAGUUUGGUUUUAUGAUCUCCUUUAUUAGAUGAUAGAAACCCUUUUUUUAAAACUACGAUUAUACUGUUUAAUUAUGUCACAACUUCUUUUGCGAGUGUGUUAAGACUUGAAUGCUUAGGUACUAAUCGAGUUCCGAAAAUCAUUUAAAAAUUCAACGUUAAUAAUUACUGCCUUAAGUAAGCUUUAAUGUUUUUUCACCGGGUCUUUUUAUCUUUUACUUAUUAUACUUACUUUGCUCAUUAUGAUUAUAAAAUAUAUCGGGAUGUGGUAAAUACAGAGAAUAUGCGGUAAAUGAAAUAUCAUAACUACUCUAUGGUAUCAAAUCUGGCAUGAUUCUCUAAACUUAAAACUAAAUUUAAGAUAAGUCUCUUCGUCCUGUUCGAUUGUAUAGGGAAUGACAAGGAUACACUGUUUUCAAAUUUAAGUUUAGGUUAAGAGAAUUAUGACAGAAUCGACACCUAUAUCGGACAUAAUGAAUUACCACAAAACCUUCGCGUGUUGUCUGGUUACUACCUACCAUUUAAAUCCAAUAACAGUCAAUUAAGCAACGAUUUUAUGAAUCGACGCGGAGUCAAUUUUAUAAUCGGCCAAAGAGCAAUAUCGAUUUAAUAAUAUACCCUUUGAACGUAGCAGCGAAUAGUUAGGUAAAUAUAAAAUAGUCAAUAUACAGUUACCUAGUUCAAUAUUCACAACUAACCUACUACUGAUUUCCAAUCUUCUAUCUAUACUUACCAUAGCUAUCCUUAUAAUUACUAAUGCAUAUUAUCGAUUACUAUAAUAGGGUAAUUACAACGUAAAAUAUAUCAUAUCCUUUAUCCUAUAAAAUACCUAACAAUCUAAGCAAUAAACCGAUAUCUAAUAAAUUACUUAGACAUGUUAAGACUUAGCUACAAGUCAAGGGCUACCUUACCGUACUUAUCAAUUACACAUUUCUGAUAAUCUCGAUGCUAUUUAUUAUUUAAUAAAAAAUAGGUACAAAUAUACUAUGAAAUUAGUUAUACAAAUACACUGCAUAUUGUCAAAUCUACUUUAAUCAACUAACUUUUUUUUUCGCAAUUGUAAGUUCUGAGCUUCGUUUCAUAUUUUAAGAUUUUAUAGCUCGCUCAGUACUUAGUCUGUACAUUUUUGAAAAAACAGGAAAAUAUUAAUUCGUCUGAAAUCGAAAUCAAGGGUUUAAUUUGUCCCAACUUAUAAAAAAAAUGCCGAGCUUGCGACCGUCCAUUGUGAUAGAUGUAUCGUUUUAUAAAUUAAAGCCUCAUAAAUCAUAACAGUCAAGUUGGCUAUAGUUUUGUGUUUUCACAAAAGUAGGUACCUAAUUAUUACGAUAAUAUUAUAUUUUUAUCUAUUUUUAUCUGAGGGAGCUUCUUGCAGAGAAAACGAAUGAUUACAAGAUAAUAUUUCUCUUCUCUUUUAAAAAGGUUGCAUUUAUAGGUAGUUAAGUAUCUAGUAUAUUAAAAAAAAUACCUACUAUAUUGCCCUGGGGUAUUACCUAUAUAUAUUUUUUAAAAGCGGCCAAGUGCGAGUCAGACUCGCGCACAUAGGGUUCCGUACCAUUAUUUAUACAAUAUUAUCACUGUAUUAUAUUGACGAGCGAAAAAAGGCAACAAUAUCACGUUGUUAUAUGGGAUAAUGAUAAUGAAUAUACUUAAAACUAAAUAAAACAUGUUUCAACGGUAUAGAUCCUGAAAAGAAUGCGAAACGUCAAUAAAUAAAUAAAUCAGUGCGUUUAUCGUUUACCGUUGAAACUUGUUUUAUUUAAUGAAUGGUGUGCUAGAAAACCUAAGAAACAAAUACUUACAACUAAAUAUUCUGUGAGUCCGACUUGCACUUUGCCGUUUUUUAUAUGGCAAAUCUCAUGUCUAUCUAAAAACAUGACUACUUGCUGCUAUAGUUAUUCGAUGGAGUAUUAAAUAAUUUCAACUGAUAAUUUUCAAUAUUUUGGGCCGAAUCUUACUUAUUUUAAAAGUUUAUUGCAAAAGAAUGCCGUAAUUAGGUUAGUAAAAAAACUACUACAAAAUGCUAAUGACAUAUAAGCAUGUACGUAUGUCUGUAAAAUUUUUCGACCAAAUAAAUAAUUGUUAAUAAAGAGCGCUUUCCAGUUUAACUAUGCCUCCAGCUGACCCAGCUGUAUCAAAUGUACGGAUAAAUAAAUCAGGCCUAAUC